AUGGCUAUUCUAACCGCACAAUCGACAAGCACGACAGCGGCCACAACGCUCACACAACCAACCGGAACAUCUGGCUGGGCAAAGUUUUCGUUGCUCCUAUGGAAAAACUUCCUACUACAUUGGAGAAGUAAAAUUUCCAGCAUGGUCGAGAUCUUCAUUCCCCCGUUGUUCAUGCUGCUAAUGGUGGGACUGCGCAGUUUGACUGAAAUCGAACACGUUCCGCACGUUUCAGUGUAUCAGCCGUUGGAUGUCGCCAAUUUUAGCGCUAUCAGGAGAAAUUUAGUUGUUCCUUUCCAAGAGACUAUCGCAUACUCACCCAAUGGUCCUGCAUUGCGCACUCUUAUGGGCCCAAUUGGUGAAUGGAUGAACCUGGAGGUACAUGGACUACCGAAUGGGUCAGCAUUGCAGAACUUCCUACUCGGCACGAAUGCCUUCGCAGGUAUCGAGUUCGACAUUCGUCUCAAUGCAACAAGUACACUACCUCAGCGGCUAAACUACCGGUUGCGGUUUCCCGGUGAACAACGCGCUCAAUUCACGGUUGGUCAUAGCUGGCAGACAGAUCGUCGCUGGGGCUCGCGACCUGACGGUGGGGCCCGGUUUGCUGAGGACAGCGAUGGAGGACCAUCACCUGGUUAUUUUCGGGAAGGAUUUCUUACAUUGCAGCACUACAUCUUUAAAGCGUUUUUGGAACUGGUUAAAACAAUUCCGGACCCGGUUCCGGACGUAUAUAUGCAGCGUUUCCCUUAUCCACCGUUUCGGGAAGAUAGCUUUCCUUCCAGCCUGACCACUUUCCUGCCGAUUUCCGUAAUGUUGGCAUUCAUUUACCCAUGUAUUAGCAUCGUUAAGAACAUUCUGUUCGAGAAGGAGAAACAAAUCAAAGAAGCUAUGAAGAUUAUGGGCCUGCAGAACUGGGUACUUUGGAGUUCCUGGUUCGUGAAAUGUUUUAUAUUUACGCAAAUUUCGAUCGUUUUGGUGGUACUGUUCUUGAAGGUGCCCUGGUACUCGACCCCGAACGUGUCCGUGCUGACCUAUUCCGAUUGGAGUGUCAUCUGGUUGAUUUUUUUUGUGUACGGCAUUGCAAUCAUUACGUUUUCCUUCAUGCUGAGCACACUGUUUUCUAAGGCUAACUCUGGGGGAGCUGUUGCGGCGAUCAUAUGGUUCUUAGCGUUCGCGCCGUACAUCAUCAUGGUGCAGGACUAUCGGAAUCUGAACGCCUCUCAGAAGCUUGGCUCAGCGUUACUUCUUAACUCGGCAAUAGGGUUUGCGAUGCGACUAGUUGGAGUGUACGAGGGCACAACGCAGGGUGUACAGUGGUCGACACUAUUUCAUGAUAGCGAUGUUGAUGACAUCAACAUCGGGCAAAUGCUGCUAAUGUUACUCGGUGACGCUGCCAUCUACAUGCUGAUUGCUCUCUACAUCGAGCAGGUGUUUCCAGGGGAUUUUGGAUUGGCGCAACCGUGGUAUUUCUUCGUUACGAAACGGUUCUGGUGCGGCGAACGACUCUCUUCUGAUGAGCCAAGAGGUCAAAAUGCGAUCAAUAAAAUGGAUGAUAAUAUCGAAGCUGAACCGAAAGGUCGCAUUCCGCGGAUUCAGAUUCGAGAACUUCGGAAAGUAUACUCCAACAGAAAAAUUGCCGUCGAGGGACUCACGUUCAACAUGUUUGAAGGACAAAUCACGGCACUGCUUGGGCAUAAUGGUGCCGGUAAGACCACCACCAUGUCGAUGCUGACCGGUAUGAAACGCCCCAGUUCCGGCACUGCCAUCAUUUGGGGUCACGAUAUAAGAACGGAGAUGAAAUCGGUCCGUUUAUCGCUGGGGUACUGUCCACAGCACAAUAUCCUCUUCGAUGGGUUAACGGUGCGUGAACAUCUUUACUUUUACGGGCGUUUGAAAGGGCUUUCAAAGCUACAAGCCCAGUAUGAGAUCGAUCGAUACAUCAAAGCACUUGAGCUGGUAGACAAAGCGAACGUUCGCUCGUCCAGUCUGUCCGGUGGUAUGAAGCGUAAGCUUUGCGUCGGAAUAGCGCUGUGUGCCGGAUCUCGGGUAGUACUCUGUGACGAGCCUACAUCAGGAAUGGAUCCGGCGGCACGAAGAGCCUUAUGGGAUUUACUAAUCGCUGAGAAAACGCGCCGUACCAUGAUACUGUCGACACACUUCAUGGAUGAGGCGGACAUGCUAGGUGAUCGUAUUGCGAUUAUGGCGGACGGUAAACUGAAAGCGGUUGGAUCAUCGUUUUUUUUGAAGAAAAAGUAUGGUGUAGGUUACCGGUUGAUCUGCGUGAAAAGGGCGGAAUGUGAUGUGGAACAGGUGACGGUUGUACUACGUAAACACAUUCCCUCCAUACAGGUGGAAUCAAAUGUAGGAUCGGAGCUGUCCUAUCUGCUCCAAGAGGAACACUCGCGAGGGUUCCAGACAUUGCUAGAAGAUUUGGAAAAGCAUGGCGAUGAGUUGAAGAUCUGUGAUUUUGGUAUUUCACUUACUACCCUCGAGGAAGUGUUCAUGAAGGUUGGUUCUGACUCAACAGAGUCGUCGCAGGUAAAUGCAGAAGGAAGUUUGCACAGUUUGCAUUCCUACAGUACCGGGACAGACAUAGAGUCACGCACGACGAUCGAUGAUUACGAACUACUGGAGGGAUCGCAGUUGUUCUUCUAUCAAAUAUGGGCAUUAUUUCUGAAAAAGAUCUACCAGACCUAUCGAAAUUGGUUCUUGCUGGUGGUGCAGGUGCUGAUUCCGGUACUGUUCGUAGCAGUAACAAUUGCGGUCGUUCGAAACUGGGGGGGAUCCGGAGAUAUGCCACCUCGGGCAAUAGGAAUACGUUUUUAUAAUCCAUCCGUAACGCUGAUACAGAUGGAGCCGGAGAAUCAGAUUAGUACGCUCAAGAAAAGGAUUCUAGAAAACUACUUGCAGCUCUUUCGCAGUAUACCAAGCAUUCCGUUACGCGGUAUAGAGUGGAUGGAAGAUGUGUUUUUGCAAUUUGCUGAUGCGAAUCUAAUGCUGGUAAAUCGCCAGUUUAUUGUUGGAGCUGGUAUCUUGAACGACAACUUGACCGCUUGGUUCAACAAUGAGGCGCUUCAUUCGCCUCCUGCCGCUUUACAAAUGAUGCACAAUGCACUGCUGGUGACGUUUACCAAGUCGCGACAAUACAAUAUUUCUCUGACGAACUUCCCACUGCCCUAUACCGAUGAGACGAGACUCCAAUUGAUGCGCACCUUCAACAAUCUAGGUUUCCAGCUGGCAUACUACACCGGCUUCGCAAUGUCGUUCGUUGUCGGAUUUUACGUUAUCUUUUACAUUCGCGAGCGUGUCACGAAAGCCAAGCUGCUUCAGCUCGUAAGCGGAGUGAACCGAAUUUCUUACUGGUUUACGGGCUUCAUUUGGGACUAUCUAACAUACGCGUUCGUGUGUAUCUUCAUCAUCAUAACCGUGGCCAUUUUUCAGGAGCCCGGAUUUAGCACUGGUGGUGAAGUGUUUCGUCUCUAUUCAGUGUUCCUGUUCGUUGGAGUUCCUGCUCUGCCCCUGACGUACAUCGUGACGUUAUACUACAAUGUGGCCCCUGCCGCCUUUAUUAGAAUCAGUGUGGCAUACAUCGUCACAGGAACGGCACUGUUCAUUUUCGUGUAUCUACUCGGAACAGAUAUGUUCGAGUUGGAUGAACUGUCUGAGGUCCUGUCGAACGUGUUUCUAAUCUUUCCACACUUUGCCCUGUGCGACGCGAUCGUGAAUCUGAGCCACAUGUCCGUUACGAUCGACACAUGCGAUGCAGUGCGACCACCGGGUGUAACUCCGUUACCAAUCUGCGAGGAUGGAUUACAAUACUACCAAUGGGAACGUCCCGGAAUUGGAAGACAUCUUCUCUAUUGUCUUAUUAUGACACUUGUGUACUUCCUGGUAUUGUUUGUGCUCGAUUUCAAGGUACUGAAGCUGAUCGUCCAGAAAGUACGCGAAUGGUACCAUCGCAAGAACUAUACAACGAAAACCGAUUCGGAUACGGUUGAGAUCGAUUCUGACGUGCGGAGAGAGAAUGAACGGAUAGCCUCUAUGUCAAUUGAGGAACGAUCACGCACCAACUUAGUAGCGCAUGAGAUGACAAAGUAUUAUAAUCGAUUCCUUGCUGUUAACCAACUGAGUGUGGGCAUAAACAGCUCAGAAUGCUUCGGAUUACUUGGUGCAAAUGGAGCCGGCAAGACGACUACCUUUAAGAUGCUAUCCGGCGAUGAAACGAUCUCGUUUGGUGACGCCUGGAUUAAGGGUCACAGUUUGAAGAGUGAGCUGAAGAAAGUUCACCAACAUAUAGGUUACUGUCCACAGUUUGAUGCAUUGAUCGACGAUCUUACCGGACGGGAAACUUUGAAACUGUUCUCACUGUUGCGCGGAGUGCCUAGGCUGCACAUACCGUGCGUGACCAUGUACCUUGCGCUUGAGUUUGGUUUCGAAAAGCAUUUGGACAAGCAGAUAAAGGCAUACAGCGGGGGCAAUAAACGCAAGCUAAGCACUGCUCUUGCCAUGCUCGGGAACCCGUCGGUGGUGUACCUGGAUGAACCGACCUCCGGAAUGGACCCGGGAGCGAAACGUAACCUCUGGAACGGUGUUUGUCGAGCACGUGACAGCGGCAAAACAAUCGUACUUACCUCGCAUAGCAUGGAAGAGUGUGAGGCACUCUGCACCCGGUUGGCCAUCAUGGUGAAUGGCGAGUUCAAAUGCAUCGGUUCGACGCAACACUUGAAGAAUAAGUUCUCACAAGGCUUUGUGCUGACUAUCAAAGCAAAGCGUGCGGACAGUGGAGGAAAAGUAAAAGAAAGCGAUACGCUCGAUCUACAGAACAUUAAGGAUCACAUUGUCAUACAGUUUCCGGAUUCGCAUCUCAAGGAGGAAUAUCAGGAUCUGCUGACGUACUACAUCCGCUCCAAUAGUAUGAAAUGGUCCCAGAUAUUUGGUGUGAUGGAACGAGCAAAACAACAACUAAAUAUAGAGGACUACUCGAUCGGACAAACAAGCCUGGAGCAGGUGUUCUUAGCUUUUACCAAGUACCAAAGAGAGGAUUAA